GGAACGGUCGGCGCGAAUGUUGUGCUGUGAUCCUACCUAACCUAUUGGUCUGUUCUGCAGUUGACGGUUUAUAAAUUGCAUGGAAGUCGGUUUUUCGGCUUAAGUAAAAUAAAAACAAAACAUAAAUAACGACUAUUAUUUUUUCGCCGUAUGUAACACAAAUAUAUUACUAUAGCAAAAUGGACAAUGAACUAUUACAAAGUUCAUGGUCUCCAUAUACUGAGCUCUUACCAGUACUUGAGAAUAUUUUUAUAAAUGAAAGACCAAAUGUAGCUUUUUUGAAACGUAUUUUACGAGCAGCCAAACCACAUUUUUUAAAUGUAUUCAAAAAUCCACCUAAAAAUUCUAAAAGUAGAGAUCAAAUUAUGAAAGUCAUGGCGGACGGAAAACCAAUUCAUAAGUUUGAAAUGUUAGCUCUACCAAAGGACAUGGCUGAAGAAGUUCUGAUAUUGUCAGAUAUGUAUGAUUUGGAUGAACUCAUGUCGCUAGAACUUUUAAAUACUGCGCGUUAUCAAAAUCCAAAAUAUCCUGAACUUUGUCGAGGGCUUGUAGCAGUAUUGUUGUAUUACAAUGCACAUCGUAUGCUCGUAUCAUCUUUAAGAUUACUUAUUGAGGGCAGUACAGGACGUACUUGGAUUCCACGAGUAGAUCCUGCGUGUGCUCAGCAUCUUGGUCAAUUUGUUGAUCAGCUUAUGAACGAUGGAUUAUUUAAUACUAUUCUAAUUAUAUUAGACACCAAGGAUUUAUCCAAAGAAAUUGAAUUACUCCAAAAAAAUAAAGCUAUCGGUGGUCCUAAACAUCACCAGCUUAUUGUAAGUUUGUUCACUGAAAUCCGUUCAAUGUUAGCAGAAUGUGUAUUCUAUUUUUCAAUUCAAUUCGGAUUAUCAAGGCAACAAUUAGUUUACUUGUUAAAUCAUUUAAAAAAAAUCAAACCCGAUAUUGAAUCUCAAGGUAUUGUAAGUAAAGUACCUUUAUUCAUGAUAGCAUCAUUUUUGUAUGCAAUUGAUUUGGACUGCAUGAAUAAUGCACAAGAAAUUAAUGGCGAUACCAAAGAACACAUUUUGUCAUCGGCAUAUUCAGAACUUACAUCACAGGAAUGGGAAUGGACUGAACUUAAAAGUAUUGCUACAUUUGGAUUAGCUGUUGCAUUUGCUAAAUUACGUGCAUCACAGCAUGUAUUUAAAAAUAAAGGUUUACUGAAAAUUGACGAAUCAUUGUUCAGCUAUUCAAUGGAUAACAAAGUUUUUAGAUUCUUAAACCAAAGUAUAGCUCCCUCGGAGUGUCUUCAUUAUGUGGAAUUCAUGAUAAAAAAGUUUCAUCAGCUAAUUACAGAAUUUAUAGUUAUGAUGCCCUAUGCUGUUAAAGAAAUUCGUAAUAAAUCUGAUGAAAUAGCACAUACUAUACUUAUUUAUUAUCAGGAAGGUUUAGAACCUCCUGCAAGCGAAGAAAAUAACUUCGAACAGUUAUUGAUGGCAAUGGCGGGGCUAUAUGCUAAAGAUCCGCUUGGUUUAAACUUAAACUUAGACUUUUGGCCACCAUCACGCGAACAGUUAAAAACUAUUAAAAUGUCUUCAUUUUUGACUGCUCAGAAAUUCCAGUCAUCGUUGUACAGAUUUAUUUGCCAAACGGGCGACAUGUUACCCCACAUGUUAUUCGUACCUUAUUUAAACUUGUUAAGCUCAUUAGCUACGUCUGAAACUGGAGCUGAGAAUGUUUUCAAUCACUUUUAUUCAAAUGCCACUAAUUCAAACUUGACUUGGGACCAUUUCUUCAAGACAUUCUUAAGAUACUAUACAAAUUUGAGACAAGAAAAUAUACCCCCCAGUGAUACAGUGUAUAAAAGAAGUAGUCAAAAAGGUAUUACUACGUUAGAAAUUCAAGGACUUCAAGCAGUACUCAAGUUAAUUAGAAACGUUGCAGAGCACAGUGUUAAGUCAAAAAUAAUCAUAGUGGAUCGUUCAGAAUGGGAAACACUUUCAGUUUUGUUGGGUCUUGUUUCCUGUCCAGUAAGAAUAUCUCUGAAAGCGGAUUUAAUUUUGGCAUUGGCCACUCUGGUGAAAUCUCCACCUUCAACCACAGCUUUAAGUUUUUGGCAAACCCUUGAAGCAUCCCAAAUUAUUGUUACGGUUCCUACUAUUAGCAAUUACCAAAGUCGUGGUAUAAUGUCCGAAUUAGAUGAUAUAGAAACUCGUAACGAAGAAUAUCCAUUAACCAUUGCCUUGUUAAAGUUAUUGACUACUUUGACAGAACAGUCUGUACCAAGCCUUUUGGGUUCGAGUACACGUACACCAGGAUUUGAUCCUUAUCUCAAUUUUGUUUUGCACAACAUAUUCCUAAAAUGUCUCUCCAGAGGAUAUAAAAAACAAAAUGAAAAGUGGGAAGUAAGUGGCUUAUGCUUAGAGCUCGCUUUGAAAUUUUUGAAUCUAUAUGAACCCCAAAUGACAGAUUUUGUGGGCAGUAACGUUGUAUUACCUGAUAAUACAUCCGUCAAUGUAAAUCCGCCACCUGGUUUCCAUAUAAUGACAUACCUGUGCACAAAUUCUGAUUUCCUAAGAACUACACUUAACAUAAUGCAUGCUGGCUGUCAGAUGUUUGACUUGUAUACGUCAUUCAGCGGCAAAGAAGCUAUGGAGAAAACCACAUUAGUUGUGUUGCGUCUUUUAGAACAAGCGUUAAAUCUGCAGCAGAAAUUUUUAAAUGCAUCCAUUGCUUCUGGGUCCCCUCUAAUAUUCACUGGUCUACAUAAAACUCUUGUCAGCAUAAAUGUAGCUACAAAUGAACCAGAUUACAUUAUCGAUUUAUCCAAAUUUGUCACAUAUGCACAUUUACCGGAGCACGCUUACCAUGCCAUACGUAUCCUAAUGACAAUAACGUCUUACCCAAUACCUCAAUCUCACAUGGUAUCAUAUUUCACUUCAAAUCCUCAAUUGACCGUUGCCAUAAGGCAUGGUUUUGUGCAAUGUUUAGAAGAAGAAGAAACAUCUAAAUUCUUGGAAGAAGUCACUAAUGUGUCUGUGGUGAAAAAAUGUAAAGAGUCAAUUUUGAAACUUUUGUUGCAAUGCAUGAACUCUUCACCUCCAAAUUUGGCUCACUAUUUACUGGGAUUCAAUUUGGAAAAUGUUCAAAAGACUUGUUUUGAAAAUGCCGGUGUUGGAGGACAUCCACGUAACUGUUUGCACUCGAUUAUUGAUAUUCUGGACGAUUCACUAAAAAGUCGACUUAGCGGAGCUGUUAGUAAAAAUCAUUCAAAGUUGUUGGAACUUUGUUACCAGAUGAUAUAUAUUUUGGUUUCAAGUAAUAGAACGUCACGACCAGUAUUAGUAUAUUUAAAAUCGCGUAGUGAUUUCAUCUUGCGACACGCUUCAGCAUUGCCAUUUUAUACAGACAAUUCUUGCAGAAAAGUGAGCAGUACCGAUUUAAUUCAAAUGAACUGGUUACUUCGCAUAAUUGCUGUAGAAAUAAAAAUGCACGUACACCAAAAUUUGUUGAUGACGUUAACCAAACUAAUAUUACAUUUUAUUGGAGUUCCAGAGAAGAAAAAUACUGGUGGAACAGAGGCAUUUCAACCAAACAGCUUAUUUGAACAUUCGUUAUUAGUCAGAGAUCAUGAUCACGAGGAUGGCAAAGAAGACGGGAAAAAAUUACUAAGUUUAUUAGGAAUUGUAGAUCUGGAAUUUGAUACCCCCAACGAAGACAUGCCAGAUUUAAAGUACCUCGAUACAAAACUUAUUAAUCAGUUACUGAAUGAAUGUGAAAUGCCCGGUAAAGUCCCACUGAUAGAUGUCAAGCAAUUGCACACUAUUUUAAUGGAUGAAUUAAAAUCAAUCGAUAGUUCUUCUACAAUUAAAGCCAAUUUACUUCAAGAAAUACAGGAGUUCCUUGCAUAUGCCGUCAGCGUUAACGAUAAACGUCUUCAAGUUAGCUGUAUGAUUAAGUAUUUUGAUGCUUGGCAUCAGUUGACUGCGGUCAUAUUUAGUAUGGCUAAUUUGCCAUCUAUGGAAUUCCAACAACGUUUUACUUUUGUCAUUGAUCUAUUAGUAUCUCUACAGAGUAAGGUGAUACGUUAUCCUCAAAUGUCAGAUCUAUCCACAUUGAUUACAAAUUCUCAACUACUUCUGUUAAUUAAUUUGAAAAAUACUAUUGACAAACAUUUGGAGUUGUGCUCUGUGAAUCCAGAUUUAACCUUAGGUUCGUUUGUGACUGGACAGUCGAGUGUAUAUUCAAGCAUGCUUCAAAAUAUGCUUAAGUGUAUACAACAAUCAGGUUCUCAAAAACUUCGAGCUAGUUUAUAUUCGUCGUUGAUUGCGUUGAUCAAUCUUUUAGCUACCAACAGUCGCACUCUAACUUGUACGAUGAAACCGAAUAACUAUUUGCAGUCUCCUGCCGAUCAACCUAUUUUAGAUUCUGAAUCUAUUAAGUUCAUCAAAUCUCUAAAUUUCGAUCAAUACUUAAGUGAAAGAAUCUUGGAAGUUAUUUGCAUCGAUCUAACGUCUGGCCAUGAUAUAUGCAAAGUACUGUCCUAUACAUUGUGUGAACUUUUGAUUGAUAUCAAUCCAAAACUUAUUGGUUAUAUUUCCAAUCAAGGAUAUCUGAAAUGUAUUAUAUCGAGCCUUCUAGAAUCUGAUAACGAAUUAAAGGAAUUGAUUUCAGCAAAAAAUAAGACAUUAAAGCCAAUUUAUGUGUAUGAGAAUAAAAUGAGCCUUUUAAAUAAAAUUGCUACAUUUACAACCGGUGCUGACGCUUUACUUAACCACCAAGCUAUUGCGUGUUUAUCGUCAAUGAAAACUAUUGAUGCACACCCUUCUUUUGAAGCAAGUUUCAAGCGUUCUAUGAAAGAAUUUUUACCUGAUGAAGGUGAUCGAUAUAUGAUGGUUUGUUCACCAGCUAUGUGUUUAUGUCAAACAGUUAUAGGCACAUUAGGAAAUCAAAAUAUGACAUCAGUCCUUCAGGUUGUCUAUUAUUUGAUAAGCCAUCGUGACGUUGUUACUAUCGCACUCACAAAUUCAGCACCGUUAUGUGAACAAUGGUAUCUUAAAGAACUUUAUCAGCUCACAUCAUUAUUUGUCAUAGUUACCAAUGAUGAUAUUAAUUCAGAAAUUAAUUCAAGCGGUGAUAAGGAUAUUGCAGGACUGUUUCAUCAUUAUAGUGUCCUCAUGCAGAAAGCUCUGAUACGAUUUUCUGUGAACUUAUCUGUGAUACGAUCUAUCCGUAAGAAAUGCUCUGAAGAAGCUAAUCCAAAUGAUGGUGAUACAAAUGUUAUUCUUUAUUUGAAGAUUACAUUGAAUUUGUUAAACUACAUAUCAAACUUAAUGGAUGGUGGAUGGGCUACUGGAGGUCAGAAAUUUAAAAGAAGAAUAUUGGACGUCUCCAUACACAGUGAACAGUUUAAUUUAAACGCUUCGGAAGACAUUAACUAUGCCAAUCAGUUGUCAAUGGGUACAGUUGUUUCAACAAUGGUGCAGACUGUAGAACAUUAUUUUAUGCAGUUUAACACUAAGACCCGUGGAGAAAGCCAAACGUCGCCAAUUCAGUUGUUUGGUGAAAACAAUACUGAAACAGAUGCCGAUCGCAAAGACACUGAUCAUGACCAAAUUCAACGCACCAUUUGUAGACAGAUUGUAGAAGUUAGCUUGUAUAUUUUAUGGGCCCAUACGGAUUUCUACUUUAUGCAUAGCCCUGUGCAAAAUAUUCAUAGACCAAAAGGCUUAAACAGAUCUGGAAGUCCUAAUUUAGAUGGUGAUGAUGGAGUUACACCGGAAGAACUUAAAGAGCUAAGGCAAGGAUUAGUAAAAGUGUUCAGUGAUGCUUUCCUAGAGAAUCUUAGUGCUCUAAAUGAGGACAAGUCUGAAGACAGUUUUAUUAAAGUGAUGGUUCACAGAUUAAAAAAGCUUUUACAAUUUGUUUAAAAAUAUUAAGGAAAACUAAUGUACUUAUAAAAAGAUAAUUUGUAUUUUUUUUUUUUAUUAAUUAAUAUAGACAUUUUUUA